CACCGCACAACUCUGAAACACGGAGAGAAGAUAAAAGGAUAAACGAAAAGUUUUCGUCGAUAGCAGCUCAUAGACAAAAUGCAGACUGAUGUUGAAAACACGCUGGAGAGGAUUGAAAACUAUAAAGGUGUGAUUGGAACAAUUAUUGUGAAUUCAGAAGGGAUUCCCAUCAGAACAUCUUUUGAUGACUCCAAAACUGUUCAGUAUGCAGGACUCCUUCGCAACCUCACAGUGAUGGCCAGGAACGUGGUCAGAGAUAUUGACCCUCAGAAUGACCUCACUUUCCUCCGCGUCCGCACAAAGAAAUACGAGAUUAUGUUUUCUCUACAGAACAACUAUCUGAUGAUAGUCAUCCAAAACCCAUUUGAAUAG